AUGCAGAUUCUGCUAAACGAGGAACAAACGGGCUUGAAGGCCAUAUUCCGCGGGCUCGAUGCUGAAGCGAGACGAUGCAAUACAGACGAUCAAACUCUCACGACUCCUUCCGUCGGCAGUGAUCAAGCUAAAUUAUCGCUUGAAGGCAAUGCUGAGGAAACCAAGGUUCACUGCGUAAACGACAGCAAUAAAGACAUCCAGCGGGUCGACGAUGUGCUUUCCGCUGUUGAGACUGGAAGGGAGUGUGAUCAAAGCGCUGGCGUCACAUGCGCCGAAGUGAAGGAUGUAACGGACAGUCAAGCCGAGCCUUCUGCUGAGAAGACGGAAAGAGGCGUGUGUGACCAGAGCAGUUCUCAAAGGAUACUCGACAGAGACAAGGAUGCAAGCAACAAUCACAUUGAGCCGUCCUCUGUUGAGAACAAUGAAGACGUUCAGGACCAUGGCGAUGAUGUGCUUUCUGCUGUUGAGAUUGGAAAUGAGUACUAUCAAGGCAGUGGUUUGGCUACACAUAAUAAUGACGACGACGGGCAUACGAACAUCAGUCAGGAGGUGUCAUUUAAGGCGCCACAAGAUGUCGUGCUCGUUGGAAGCGCGUCAGAUUGCGAAGUUCGAAAGAACUCCAUUUGCAGUGGCCAGAAUGAGGCAGACGAGCCUACUGAGGAUAAAGAUUGUGUUCCAAGAAACGACGUCAAUGGCACUGACUUCCCUGAGAGUGGUCCUUUGAAGUCAAAACUUUCUGAUCAUGAAGAUGGCAAGGGCACUGCCUUUCUAUCUGCUGAGAAGCCUCUAUCAGAGGCUAAACCUUCCGACAGAAGUGAUGAGAGCUCUAUUUUUGAAGAGUUGCUCGUUGAUGACCUUGAAGACUUACAACCUGAGACGGUUGUUCAUAACAAGGACGACUAUGAAGACGCAGCCAUGGUUCCUCACACAAAUUCGAGCACAAAAGAAGCUGUUUUCCCUAUGCCGGAUGAGGGUAACCAGUCUCUUGCAGAAAAGGCAUUGGUGACUUCGUCUACUGCAUCUAAGAUGCAAGAGGAAAAGGGUGCUCAGAAAUUUCGCAAACUCUUCGAUCCAUCACAACCCAGUGGAUGUGAUGGUGCCACGAGUGAAACAAGCAAACUUGACUCUAGUUUCUUGAGCCUCGGAAGUGAACAAGAGGCCUUUGAUCGGCUUGUCAGAGCAUCUCAAGACAACCAUUUCGAAGCUUCCAAAGCAUCUGUGGUGGCCCCGCUGGAAGCAUCUUCUCAGGGAUGUGAGCAACUUGGGAGUCAAGUUGACAAAAGCGGUGCUAAGUGUGUAGAGACUAGUGCUGUUCCAACUGAAUGCUAUGAGUUUCAAUUUCCUCGACAACCCUCUCUCCAAGAGUGCAACCUUGUGGAACAUGCUGGGUUGCUCCAAGAGGACAGUUCUGCAAACAUAUGUGGAACAUCAGUGACUUGCAAUGAAGCAAAGGUAUGUAAGCCUGUGGCAUCUGAUCUUUAUUUCAGACCUCACACUCGUGUGACUUUGAUAUCUGACAUGUUUGGGCAGUUACAUGAUCAGGACAUGGGCUCACGCGAGCAUGAUCAUUUCCUGAACCCCAUAACCAGGCAGAUUCAAGGUAAGUUGGCCAAGUUUGAAUUACCAGAAUUGUGUUCUUCAGUAAGGUCCAACUUUUUUUUCCCCAACUCAGCUGAUGUGAUGGGGAAGCAAGAGGGAACCAUGCUGCCAGAGGCCCCAGAAGUAGGAGCUUUGGUCACUGAAUUGUCUGAACUUCAGCACAAAGUUAUGGAGUUGACGCAACAAAACAACAGCCAGUCUGAUCGUUUGCUGAAGGCUGAGAACGCAUAUCAUGAGGUUGCAACAUUGAAACAAGAGAAUGCGAGGCUCUUGAAGGCCCUGCACAAGAGCGAACGGGUGCACCAAGAGGUUUUUGCUUUGCAGCAACAGGUCACUAACCUUUCUAACCAGCUGCGCCAGGCAGAAACGGUCUACCAUGAUGCUGAAGCCUUGAGGAAGCAGAAUGCAAGCAUGUCAGCCCAGUUGCUGCGCCUUGAAGGUUCACAGCGUGAGGUUGCACUUCUCAAGCAACAGAUUGUGGGUCUCUCUUCCAAAGUGCAGGGUUACGAGCAAGUGCAACGUGAAGCAGCAUCCUUGAAGCAUAAGAACGCCGAAAUGUCGAAGAAGCUUCUUGAGCUGGAAACUGCAAAUGGCCGUCUCUCAUGCGAACUGUUUGAUGUCCAGGUGGAGUGUGCUCAAUGGAAGGAACAGACUCAAAGGUUGAACAAUGCAGAAUGGUCAAGGCGUCCACCACAGUUCUACCGCAGGAGCGAUAAUCCCGACGCAGUGCACACCCAUGCCAGCUCGGGGUUCACGCAUCGCAAGCACGACCAACGCGACGGCCACCGUUUCAGUCCCAACAUUUCCCUGCUCCUCCUCUUCCUCCUAAUUGCGGUGGCCUGUCUGAGCGCGCCUGCCGCGGCCUUGUCCUGUGGGUCCACCUUGGAGUGCAAGAAUGGCGGUGUGUGUGUCAGGAACCGAACUGGCGACGAUUUCUGUGACUGUCCAAACCCUCGUUCGGCUCUGGAACCCGAAUUCUUCGUUGGCACGGAGUGUGAGGUCCCAGCAGUCAUGUGUGCGGACACAGACACGUUCUUCUGUGGCAAUGGCGCGCAAUGCGUGGAGAUAGUGCAGGGCGAGCAGUACACCUGCGAGGGCUGCCCUGUGGGGUUCGGAGGGCAGCACUGCGAGUCCCGAGGGGUGCAGUGCGGUGAUUCUGGGUUGCUGUGCUUCAAUGGCGGGUCGUGUGGACACAGCGGGACCAGCUGUGUGUGCCCCAGACAGUGGUCUGGGAAUGCUAACUGCACUCUCUCGCUCUUUGAUGCCUACCACCAGCAGGCAUCACCAUAUGGCUCCCAGGCAGAGGAGGAGGACCAAUCGUGGUACGUGCCUGUGCUGGGGGCCUUUGGUGCGCUGGUGAUGCUGUCGAUCCUGGGCGUGUGGAUCUACAUCUGCUAUGCCCACCAGGCCAUGUCCUUCUCCCACAUCGCUGACCAGGAGGAGAGUCGGGCAUUACAGGAUGAUGUGGAGGAGAGGGAGUUGGUUGAGCUAGACUCACAUGAGGAGGAGGAUGAGGGCAGGAUGAUGAUGCAUUGA